UUGCUAAAAUAGAGCGCCACAUUUGAACUUCGAUUUAGUUAAAUGAGAGCCUUUCGUGUUAAAGGUUCUUUGUCGGUAUAAUUUUCUAUCCAUCCAUAAAUUCUUUCCUAUUUUGUUAAUGUUCGUUAUUCGUAUAAAAGACGAAGUGAAAAGUGAAAAGUGAAAAACAAAAUAAAAAUAAGCAAUUAAAAUGAGCUGAGAAUAUGGUUACCCGCGCAUCUAGUGUACCGCAUUCUAUAAACAAAAUAAAUUCUACUCGUAAUCGAAAGCCCGUUCAAACACCUCCAAGACAUAAGGAUAGCGUUCCACGGUCGAGGAGUCUCAAUAAUGGCAUUCGGCAAAGGAAUUCCGGGGGCAGUAAUAGUUAUGACAGAUCACGGAAUACCCCUGUCUUUUUACGAUCCCGUGAUAAUGAAAUUGGAAGUGCGGAUACCUUGGAAAUUGUUGCAUCCAAGUCAACAGGAAGCGAACCCUCGACUCCAGAUGACAAUAUAAAUGUAGUGGUACGGGUGAGGCCCUUGAGUGAGAAAGAGAAGCGUGGAAGUCCUGAUAUGAUAUUGCAAUUUCCCGGAAAUGGACAAGUUAUGAUUGAAGGCCAAGGUUCAGGUUCGAAAGCAUCGCGUAAUCGAGAAAAUGUUAAGGUUUACACCUAUAAUGUUGUUUUUGAGCCUGGAGCGACGCAAGAAGAUAUAUUGGACUAUUCAGGAGUUAAGAGAAUUAUUGAAAUGGCUAUCGAAGGAUUUAGUUGUACUGCUUUUUGUUAUGGUCAGACGGGUUCGGGUAAGACGCAUACUUUGACUGGACCACCAGAACUGUUUGCUGGGAAACCCAAUCCGAAAGAUCGACGCCAUGGACUUAUCUUCCGAUCGUUUUUGUACCUCUUCCAGUUGAUUAAGAAUCGCAAGGAAACACAUUUUGUAUUGAAGGCUUCAUUUUUAGAGAUUUAUAAUGAAAAGGUCAUUGAUUUACUCAACCCAGGAUCAGCUCGCAAACCACUUGCAGUAAGGUGGUCGAAAAAGUCGGGUGGUUUUUUUGUGGAGAACCUCUUCACCGUGGACUGUGAGGAACUUGAUGAUUUGCUGGCCGUUCUUGAAGAAGGAAUGCGAAAUCGUGCAACCGGGUGCCACCAAAUGAAUGAACAUUCUUCACGAUCACAUACUAUUCUAACGGUUCACAUUAUUUCUGAACAACAAGCUGAUGGAAAUGUUUUUAUCUCGAAACAUGGUAAAAUAAAUUUUGUCGAUUUAGCGGGAAGCGAAUUGACAAAGAAAACACUUAGCGAAGGCAAGACUCUAGAGGAGGCAAAUAACAUCAAUAAAAGUCUCAUGGUUUUGGGCUAUUGUAUCGCAUCUCUAAGCGACACCAGAAAACGCAGUGGGCACAUUCCUUACCGAGAUAGUCAGCUAACAAAGCUUCUAGCAGACAGUCUAGCAGGAAAUGGAGUUACUUUGAUGAUAGCUUGUGUCUCGCCAUCUCAGUACAACUAUGCUGAAACUUUAAAUACUCUUCGAUAUGCUGCACGAGCAAAAUUAAUCCGAACCAAGCCCGUCAUCAUGAUGGACCCCAGAGAGGCUCUAAUUCUGACUCUCAAGCGUGAUAUCCAUUCCUUAGAACUAGAAAAUGAACAUUUGAAAACAGCUCUCAAUCUCCACCAUGAAACAUCUGUCACUGCAGAUAUGCCUGUAACAAUAGCCCCUAAUUUGCCUAAGGUUGCCUUAGAAAGGCUAUCGGAAUUGGAUGGAUCUGAUUUGGCAGAUUUGGUAAAGCUGUACAUGCAAGAGAACGAGACCUUGAGACAGGAGAACUCUCAUCUUUGUACAAUCAGGGAAAUAAUAAUGCGAGAUCAGGAGAUCGUCUGCAGGGAGAAUGAACGUUUGCUCAAAAAGCUCGAGGAUGUUAACAAAGUUUGUGUUCGCUCACCGUUAAUUCCAGCUCGCCCAGCACUAUCUUCAAAUUCAGGAAGUGAUGGUGAUACAGAAAUUUGGACAAAUCCCCGAGAUUCUGAAUCUCCUCCGGUUAUGAAUAAGGACCUUGUUGGAAGGAUUUCGGAAAAUAAAGAUAGAAUUUCUGAGGCAGAUCAGAGAGCAAUCGAUAAGAAGAGAAUCGGAAAGAAUAUUCUGAAUAUGGCGGACAAUUUUCGAAUGUAUGAUAACAAAAAGCGACAAAAUGAAACUGAUGGAUACAUGCCAGAUAUGCUGGUUUAAUCAUCGUCAUAAGGAAUGGGGAACAAUUUCAAUUACUAACUUGGCAAACAAUAUUUUUUUAAUUACCAUAAGAAAUUUUUGAUUAUUAAUAAUGUAUUUUUAAAACUAACUUUAACAUACUAAAAUAAUAAAUAGUUGAAAAGAA